GUUGAAGUUAGUAAUCUGUGGAAUCUUGCAGUUGUCAUUUCGUUAUAAUUUCGUUUCGUAGGUACGCCUUGGAGAGUUUUUUCCUAAAAAUAAAUAGUUAAUAUAAAAUAAAUAUAUACGAAAAAUGGAUGUCUUUCUCAUGAUUAGGCGAAAAAAAUUAACCAUCUUCACUGACGCGAAGGACACGACAACGGUUUUAGAACUGAAGAAAAUGAUAGAAGGUAUCUUGAAAGUGACACCACAAAGUCAGAUGCUGUUCAACAAGGACAGUCAGCUGAUGGACGAUGAGAAGACCCUGGCUGAAUAUGGCCUGACAUCGGCUACGGCCAAGGCCCAAAGUCCUGCACCAAUUGGAUUGGCUUUAAGGAAGGAAAAUGGCGAGUUUGAACCACUGGAUCUGACUCCUUACUCUUCUCCACCGGACCUGCCCGACGUGAUGAAGUCACAGGAGACCAAUGGCCAGGAACAAAUGGAUCAACACUAAACGACUCUGCUGUGGUUUGGACGAAACUGAUGCGAGCACCAACUUGGCAUCACAACGAUUUUGUAAUAUACCUAGUUCAUUCGACUGAACUAACUCGCUCGGGGGCUCCACCAUCGCCCGCGAGCGACAACUUAAUUAUAUUUUUUUGCAUAUAACAUAUUUUGUUAUUAAUUUAUCGAUCAUUUUGCUCGAUUUUAACAUAUUCUGUUACGUCUACACGUUUCUUUGUAGUAUUUUUGUGAUGCUUUGUACGAAGGGAGUGUAGCUUUUUGUAGUUUAUUGCGAAACUUCAACCACGACUGCUCAGUGGUUACACAUUUGUAAGUGGUUCAUACUAGUUUUGUUACAUAUAGAUGUUGAGGUGACUUCUGCGCCGCCUGCCGCACUGUGCUGCCAUCUGGUGGCACUCUGCGGCGACAGAGUCAUUCAGGGAUGUAUCGGUAGUCGAGUAUUAGUCAACUAGUCUACAUUAUAUCCAACGUUUACAACGUGAAGCGCAUGGAAUACCUAUUACAGGAUUACGAAUGAAUUACAUCGAUUAAGUUAGCUCAAUUGAAACCUAGGUUUUAGUGCUAAUAGUAUUUAUUUUAACUAUAGUUGGUGUAACAUAUGGCAGCCGGUACAUCUCUACCGAAUACACACGAGAAUAGAACCUCGCGCGGUGCGGACAUAUACUUAUUGGCACAAUUGAUAUUAAUCAUUCAUCAUCUAUUGUGGCUUCGUUAGACUACCUAGGCCAUGACAUCACACCAUUUGAACUUCUAGCUGGAAAUAUAAAAUGAAAUGGUAUCUCAAUUAUUAAAAUGAAUGUUAGAAAGUUUGUGCCUAUAAUUUAUCGCACUUAACUAGUUGAUAAAUGUUUAAACGAUCUAUGUUACUAACUCCGCGACACUUUGAUUUUAAAGCUUGACGCUUCAACUUGUACCGUUUUGUCAUAUAUUCGAGGGUACCCUAAUAUUAAAGUCAUCGUUCACGAUAGCAUUGUGUAGGGUCGUCGGUGUGGGAGUGUGUUUACUUGCAGCGCCGUGGCAUAUAAACUAUAUUUUGAUUAAUGUUGCAAUUGUAUUGCUAGAUUACUGUAAGCUUACGUUACCACGCGUGCGACAAAUAAACAUAUUCUAUUGUCUUUUUAAUAAGCAGUUUGUUUGAAGCAUAAAGUAAUACUGAGAAACUCGCUGCUGCGCUCGAAGCAAACUGAUCUCGUGACAUCUGAUUUUGUAUGUGGAUUUUAUAAUUUUUAAUUUUAUUACACAGUAACGCAAGUUGUGACGGCUAUAUUUAUUUCUGCUAGGUUUCUAUUAGUUUCGGAAUACUAAGGCAAUAUGAAUUGUUGGUCAUUGAGGUUGGAUCCGAUGUCUCCAACGUCCUGGUGGGUGCGACAGCGCUGGUGGCAGUGGCACGGCUCGUCCCACCGCCCCACGCUCUCGCACAGUUUGUCAGUGUUACUUUAGUUUCGGUCACGUUCAUGUGUACACAUUAUAAAUAUGAUUUUAAAUAAAAUUAAUGAUACGGUAUUUAACUGAGAUAGUAUAGAAUGGACUAUAGAUAGUAGCUAAUUUAAUAGGGGUAAAAUAGGGGCUUUUUAUAUUUCAUAAUUACAAAAAUAAUCUUCCUUUCUCUGCAACAUUCUUUAUUGUGAUUUAUAUUAAAAAAAUAACGCAUCGCAAAUGAAUUUGAAUGUUUCUAGUUCCUCUCAAUGAAACAAUGUUUUCUCUAUUUUUUAUGUAAUUUUCUAUUGCACCUUUAUUAAUGUAAGAUAUUUUGUAUAUUUUGGUUGGGGUUCAUCCAUUAUAUACGGCGUCAGCGCUGCCGGUGCAGCUAGCGACACGCGCGCACGUCUGCUCGUGCGAGCGUGUCCGUGGCCCACUGACAGACAAGCCGCUUUCGGUGCAUAGCUAGAUAAUAACAUACUAAAAAUUUUGUGAGUCAGACUUGCUACCAAAUACACUUUCUUUUUUAAAUUCAUACCCAAAAAUAGGAUAGUUGGUGGGUAACGAUAUUGCACCUAAUUGCACUUAAAGUAAGAUAGAGAAUUCAAAACCAUUCUUAUGUGAUUUAGAACCACUACCAUGAGUUUACUUGAGUAUUUACGUGUCGUGAUAAGUCAAUGUUUUGUACCAUAUGCUUUCUCUCUAUCGAAUUUGUAGUGUGCGAGUAAACCGUGGUAGUGGGGAUAUAGUUGGUGAACUAGUCGAGUUCAAGGUGUAUGAAACUAUAGUGUGGUUAGCUGUUACGUCUCAUAUUACUCAACUUUGUUUACUGUGCUGGUACUAACCUUGCAAUGUUACGUACUCAGCAAGAACACAUUUGAAAUUAUGUAUUUAUUCAUUUAACAUUUAAGCUAUUGUAAUCUAAGGUCUCAAAACGGAGAGGUUUUGUAAACCAAGUACUAAGUAAAUAAUUGAACAAAACCGCUUGAAAUACAUAAUGAGACUUAGACAAAGAAUACCUAGUGUAGUUUCAAGAACCCACAGAUGAACCAGCAGGAAAUAAAGCUGUUUUGAUUUGU